AUGCUGGGUGUUAAGGUGGGCCAGUUCGGAGACUAUUUAUCUCUGAAAUCGAAGAUGGCUGGGAAAAUGUCGAUAGUGCUUUUGGUGUCAGAGGACCAAAUCUGGUCGCUACCCGAGAACAUUCGACCAACUGUAUGUGAUCAGGGGACAUAUGAAGAAAUGGAAAUAGACGGAGAAGGGUCACAAUGUGUUUGA